AUGGCGUCUCCUCCGCGUGCCUACUCGCCUGCUGGCUCUCCACCCUAUUCUAGCGCGCCGCUGCCGUCCAAGAAACGCGUCUCUACCGCUGCCGAUCUUGCAGGACCACCACAUUCCAUCAAACGCCGCAAAGCAUCUGUGAUGUCCUUAACCUCUAUCGGAUCAGCCCACCCUCUCAGACAGACUUCUUUUCCGCCCGACGAAUCAGAGACACAAACCUUCUCUCCCUCUUACCGACGAUCCCCAAGUAUCGACACCAUGAGCCUAGUCAGUGGAAGCCAGGUGAGCGCUGCUCCUACGAAGAAGAAGCGUGGUCGGAAGUCCAAAGCAGAGCGCGCGAACGAAGCAGCUGCUGAAGCCAUGCGUGAUGGAUCGCCAAGUGUCGCUGGAGGCCGCGCCCCCACGGUGUUGAGCAAUAUUAGUGGCAACAAUGCCGGUAAAGAUGCGGAAGCAGAGGAUAGGAAAGAAGAAGAGUUUGAGAUACCCGAGAACAUGGCCAGCACAUCUGUGGUCCGAACGAAGGAGCAAAUGGAGACGGAGAAGGAGCUUUUGGCAUAUCUAAAAACUCUUAUGGAUGGUCCACAAUUCAAUCGAUAUGAGGUUUGGCAUCGUCAAACUCUCAAGAAUGCCGACGUGAAAAGACACAUCAACAGCGUCACAUCCCAGUCAUGCCCCGUCAACGUUCACCAGAUGAUGCAGGUUGUCUGCAAAAUGUAUCUUGGCGAUGUGAUCGAGGCCGCGCGCGAUGUUCAAGACGAAUGGAUCAAACUGGGAGAGAGUCAAACUGAUUUGCCCGACGACAAACUCGAACCUACGAGCGAAAUGUCAAAAUAUCGUCGACAUGCUCCCUUGCGACCCGAGCACCUUCGAGAAGCAUACCGACGCCGCAAGGCUGCUUCUGAAAAUGGCGGAGCGUUGGGAAGCCUGCUAGUUUGGAACCAGCAGACGCAAAACGGAACCGAGCGUUUUGCAGUCAGAGCCGGAGGACGCCGCAUAUUCAAAUGA